GGAGGUUUCUUUCGUACUCCGCGUGGCCGACUUAGUGAGAGGAUUUGGGUGAGGUCUCCCAACACCUCAUUUCUCUACACCAAAGUCCGUCUUUUUUGCAAGCGGACGAGUUCCUUUCCCUUUUUCUUCUCAUCGUUCACCGCAACGAUGAACACUAUGCAUGACUCCCACAAGAGAACUUCCAUCAGUCAGCUUCUCAAUCCAUCAUCCGACUCCUCAGUCUACUCCCAUGCUACUCAUCUUCCAUCUCCAGUCGCUGUUUCUCAGUACCAACAUCCUCCCCACCAGCAACAGCCAAACUAUAAUCAGUCAAUAGAGUCUGCUUCUUCUUUCCAUCUGCGAGCCGCAAGCUGGGAGCCUAGCGACGACCAGUCUGUACCUAAACGUAGAAUUGACAAUGGUCCAGGUUUAGCUCGCCCAUAUCCAAUGCCAACCCAUCCUCACAUGCACGGUGAACCUAACGGUGACAUGGUACCUCGCCAGGGCAGAUCAAGGAUGGAUGACGCCGCAAAUUACGCAAUGCCAGCGAAUUCUUGGCCAUCACAAGCAGACAUGCCAAAUCCUCCAUAUGGAUCUCCCGUCGUUGCACCCAUGUACUCAGAUGAACGAACAGCCUUAUCGGGCGACUAUCCACCGAACACUCAGUUCCAUCCAUCACAAAAUUUCCAUCCUCAACAAUUACCACCAGGGCACCCCGCUUCAUCCUUGCAGCAUGCUGAAAGAGCUUCUGUUCGUAUAGCAGCCCGCUUCGCUGGUCCCAUGCCAGGGCAGCCCAUGUAUGAGAUGCCCAUGCAUCCACCAGGAAUUUUUCUGUAUCAUGCACCUCCACUUCCGCCACAAAAGCGUCCUUCGACCGAAGAUGGGGACCAGGCGCCGAAGGCUAAGAAGCCUAAAACCAAAGCAAAGACUACGGAAGGAAAUGGUUCAUCCAAGCGGGGUUAUAACGCUAAGAAGCGCAGUGAGGCUGCACAAAUUGCAGCCCAAAAUGCCCAGUUGAUGCCGACGGUUUCUUACGCGUCUCCCCCUACCGACAAGGGCAAAGAGAAAACAGCAGAGGCUCCCAUGCGUAUUGUCACGGGCGAUCAUGGACAAAACACCGAUGCUGCAGCUCAGCUGCACCCCGAAUUACAAUUCGCUCGGUGCAUGUCAAAUCGAUAUAGAUCUGAACAGUUCCCACGCUGUGUGUCGUGCACGCGCCGCUGGGCCGGUGACACAUGCAGAUUCCAGGGCAUACGAUUUUUCUUGAAAGACAAUCAGAGAAAUAUUGUUGGUGUCAGCUUCGUUGAGAACCAGCGACCUGACGCUCCAAGCAUGAAUUUUCCCGUGAGCUGGAAUGUCUCGCUGACGUCCACGCACAUACGACGAACGAAAAGGACGAUAGCAGAGGCACUUCUUCCAACGCUUCUUCAAGAGCUGCAACACUUGAACUACCCAGAGAUCAUCCGGAGGACCCGAGAAAGCGAAGUGCGCGCCACUUGCGAUACCUGUAUGACCUCGAUUUUCUCCAGCAGUUGGAUGUGCCGAUUAUGUGGCAGAGAAGCAUGUGCGGAAUGUUUUGAACAAGUGAAGGAUCUCACCGAAGAUAAACCUGGUGCAAGCCAGGGUGAGAUUGCCGCUCUCCAGGCACGCCGAGAGAAACAUGCUCAUAGCAACCCAUUUUUCUUGUCUUGCACCCGGCGGAACGAGCACCACGCGAAGGACUUUUCACCGAUGUCACGCUUUUGUAAGGCGGAGCUUGCACAGGCGAUCAAGGAUAUGGAAGUCAUGCUUCAGGAGCCGGAUAAUGACGCACUUCCUGUCGUCGGAGCAAUAGACCCAUCGCUACAGGUGGGACAAGUACAAGCAAACGGGAAUUCUUCAUCUUCUGCCCAGGCCGCAGAUUUGCAGAUCGGUGGCGAGACAUCUACAACAGUGGCAGAGGCGUCAAUCCCUUCUGCUCCCUACAGCGGCCCAUCACAAGAUAGCGUCUUCCAUUCGGAAUCUGCGCCAGUAACUGCCUCGUCUGCUCCACAGGUCGCCGAGCAACCAUCGUCAGCCCCCGCAGUGCCACCGUCUGCUGAUCAGAAUUCUCCUCCGCCAAAUGAAAUACCUUCACAUCCCACCACCACCAUUGCGGAUUCGCAGCUUACGGAGGAAGUUUUCCGCCCGUUGUGGGCUAAAGGUGACCCUAUUGUGGUCACCGAGUUGCUGCCCAAGUUCCAAAUUCAGUGGACGCCCGAGUAUUUUGUACAGAAGUACAACUCUCAGAGCUGUCUUAUCUUGGAGUGCCAGAGUGAUGUAAAUAAACGCGUGACGGUAGGCGAAUUCUUUUCGUGGUUCGGAAAAUACGAAGGGCGAGUGGAAUGCUGGAAGCUCAAGGAUUGGCCACCAUCAACGGAUUUCAAGACCGCGUUUCCUGAACUUUUUGAGGAUUUCAGUCGGGCUGUUCCUGUGCCCAAUUAUGUUCGUCGGGAUGGUACCCUCAACAUUGCCUCGCAUUUCCCCAGCAAUACGGUUGCACCGGAUUUGGGACCCAAGAUGUAUAAUGCGAUGUCGUCGUUUGAGUCGGCAGGCAGCAAGGGAUCGACGAGACUUCACAUGGACAUGGCCGAUGCCGUAAAUAUCAUGACGUACGCGUCUACUUCGCCAGAUGGUAAACCAGGUUGCGCAGUAUGGGACCUCUUUCGCGCCCAAGAUGCAGAGAAACUGCGUAAUUUCCUUCGGAGGAAGUUCAAGGGCUCAUACCAACACGAUCCGAUCCACUCACAGCAGUUCUACCUGGAUAGCCAGCUACGGAAAGAGUUGUAUGAUAUGCAUGGUAUCAAGAGCCAUCGGGUUUAUCAGAGACCAGGAGAAGCUAUAUUCAUUCCAGCUGGUUGCGCUCAUCAGGUAUGCAAUCUCGCGGACUGUAUCAAAGUCGCAGUCGAUUUUGUCAGCCCCGAGAACAUUGCGCGCUGUGAGAAGUUAACACGCGAAUUCCGGGAGCAAAACCAAUCGAUGGCGUGGAAGGAGGACGUUCUUCAACUUCGUACUAUGAUGUGGUUCGCAUGGCUUUCGUGCUGUCGGCAAGAGAAAGAGAUGAACGAGCCUUGAUGCUUUGAAGAUCCAUGUGGAGGUUCCUUUCCUUUCGGUGACAUUUUGUAUGAUAGAGAGGUUUUAGUAUUGUAUGGGGGAAACCCAAUUAAUCGGUCGACGUCAAUGUGUGCUUUCUAUUCUCGAUUUGCUUUCUUGUAUAUGCAAUAAUUUUAGUCCUUCGUGUUAUCUGCGCC